AUGGACGCCGCCGCCGCCGCUCCACGCGGCGGCCACGGGCGGCGCCCGGGCUCCUCCGGCGCCUCCGCCGCAGCCGCCGCGGCGCGCGCGGCCGCCGCGCGCGAGGCGAUGGCGCGCAUGGAGGAGAUGAUGCUCGCCCACGCGGGGGCCGCGGGCGAGUUCAGCAUCAUCCUCGACGCCCCGCUCCCGUCGCUCCAGCAGUACCGCCGCAACCCCACCCCGCCGGCGGGCCCCGGCGCGGGGUCGUCGACGCCGGCGCGGCGUGGUGGCGUGGUGGGCGGUGGGGGGAGGAGGGACGAGGUCCCCGCGCGGCUGCGGCGCGAGGGGAGCGGCCACGACGCCGACGACGACCUCGGCGCGGCGCGCCGCUCCAGCCGUGGGGCGCCCGCGGGAGCCGACAGGUACCGGGACGGAGCGGAGAGGGUACUGCGACCUGAUAGGUACCGGGAGGCGGAGGAGGUGGCGGUGGAGGCGCCGGUGCGGUUGGUGGGUCCGCGGGGCGCGCCGAGGGAGGGGGGCCGUGGCGACGCUGCUCCGCCCGUGAGGCCCGCGGAGAGGAAACCGGCGGCGGGAACGGUGGUAGCAGAGGAGGAAACGGCGCUGCAGCUGCUGGCGCGUGGCCGUGGCGGCCGGAGCUCGAGCGCCACGACCCGCGCGGAGGAGGAGCGACGAGUGGUGGAAGCCGUGGCAGCGAGGCCAUCGAGCCGGCGAUCGGGACGGGAGCGCGCUGGGGACGCCGGUGCAAGGACCAUCGAGCCUGAGAAGCCGGCGGUGGCGGCGGAGCCGGAGAACGUUGGGCGAUGGAACAGGCGAGACCGCGAGGACGGCGGUGAGGAGGCGGUGGCUCUACAAAACCCGUUGGCAGCAGCGCCGGUCGUGGAGGAGGAGACAGCCCUGCAGCUGCUGGCGCGUGGCGCGCGGAGUUCGAGCGCGACGAGGCGUGUGGAAGAGCCCCAGGUGGUGGAGGCUGUGGCGUCGGGGCCGUCGAGCCGGCGAUCGAGACGGGAAGGCACUGGGGACGCCGGUGUGAAUUCCGUUAUGCCUGAGGAGGUGGAGCCGGUGACCGUUGGGCGGUGGAGUAGCCGAGGAAGCGAGGAUGGCAGCGAGGAGGCAGCGGUUUUGCCAAAGCCAUUGGCGGCCAUUGUCACCGGAGCAAGGAGCAGGAGCAACUCACCGGCGAUAAGUCGGAAUGGUGUGGACACUGGUGCAGCGAAUCGUGCACCAUCAACAGGAAGGUCAACUUUUGCACCACCGGUUGGGGCUAAUAUCAGACCUCUACAAGCUGUGGAAAUGCCAAAUGGGACACCUCGGGAAAGAAGGGCGAUCUAUCCAGACCCCACUUUCGCGCAGUCGACACGAUCACGAGACUCGCAUGACAGUUCGACAAUAACAGAAGAGCUUGAGAUGCUAAAAGAUGAAAAUGUAAACCUUUUGGAGAAGCUUGGACUAGCUGAAGAGAGAUUUAGACAAUCUGAAGCCCGGACGAGGGAGCUCGAGAAACAGGUUGCUAAUCUUGGUGAUGGAUUAUCUAUGGAAGUUAAGCUUAUGAAAAGGAGAGAAGAGAUGCUCGUAAGAAAGGAGCAAGAAAUAAGAAAAGCACUUAUAUCCAAGAAUGAUAAAAGCGAGGAAAUUGCCACUCUCCAGAAACAGCUACAGUCUGCAAAAGAAAAGGAGACUGCUGCUGUUCAGAAACUCAAAGAAGCAGAGUCUGAAACAAAAUCUUUACGCACGAUGACCCACAGGAUGAUCUUGAGCAAGGAAGAAAUGGAGGAAGUUGUUAUGAAGAGGUGUUGGCUUGCUCGUUAUUGGGGCUUGGCUGUUCAAUAUGGGGUCUAUCCUGAUAUCUCCAUGUCGAAACAUGAAUACUGGUCUUCAUUUGCUCCUCUUCCCUUUGAGUAUGUAACAGCUGCUGGACAGAGAGCUAAGGAUGGAUCACUUCGUAGUGGGAGUGAUAGUUUGGAAGACUCACAAAGGUUCGUUCAUGAGUUGACAGUUACAGCUGGAGAAGGCAACAUAGAAACCAUGCUUUCGGUUGAUAAAGGACUCCAAGAACUUGCUUUCUUGAAGGUUGAGGAUGCUGUUCUUAUUGCUCUUGCCCAAAAUCAUCGUCCUAAUGUUGCUGAACUAGCAGACCCAGAUAUUAAAUCAUCUGGUGAUGAAAAAUUCACUGAAGCAUUUGAUCUCAGCAAGGAGGAAGAAGAAGAUGUAUUGUUCAAGCAGGCUUGGCUCAUCUAUUUCUGGAGAAGGGCUAAAAUCCAUAACGUGGAAGACGAUAUUGCUGAGGAGCGACUGCAGAUGUGGAUUGAUCGACAUGGGCAGCAGCCCACCUCACAUGAUGCUGUGGAUGUUGAUCAAGGUAUACGCGAGCUGAGGAGGCUGGGAAUCGAACAACUACUAUGGGAACUCUCCCGUCGAGAGGUGAACACUACCAAAGAGGAGCUGGACAGUACCGAAGAAGAGCUGAAAAACACCACCGAAGAGGAGGAGGAGGUGAACGCCACCAGAGAGGAGUCGUCCGAUGUCGACGAUCUGACCUAAGCAGCCUCAAAGCAAAGCUUGCAGUGGGUUCAGUUACCCCCCUCUGUGAUGUACAUCAACUGUAAGAACAUUACAAAAGAUGGUUUCCUGUUUAUGCUUUUGAGUUUUGUUACAACAUACUUCUAGAUGAUUGAUUUUUUUGUGUACAUAACUUGCAUCCGGCAUCCCCAUCCCAACAGUGUUGUUACAGCAUCUUGAAAUGAUGCAAUAUUAAAUCAAUUGUGUGUAAUUUCCAUAGGCCUCAACCUAGCUGUGUACUUGCUGUGUGUUGUGUCUGGCAAUCAAGGGGGGAGCCCUCUUGCUGUCCUGUUUCAAUCUAGCCGAAUUAGCAGUAACCUAAGUGUCCAAUCCCAUCACCAGGCUCACUUUU